UCAACGCUAUUACGAAGACACUCCGCGAGGCGGCGCCUAUGCAUGAAUGCAGAUCCUUAUUAAGUGUGGCAGUUCUGCGAGGUGCAGUGUACGCCAUAGGCGGUGAAGAUGAGACUCACAACACGGCUGAAAGAUACGACUGCAAGGCAAAUCAGUGGUCGUGGAUCGCUCCCAUGAACAAAAAGCGAUUCGAACCGCGUGCGGCUGUACUGAAUGCCCAGGUCCCAGUGGAAUUGCGAGUGGAAAUGCAACCACUCAAGCUUGCCUCUGCCAAGCCAGUAAACGCCCAACACACAUUUGCCGCAACUCUGGGUUCUGAAUUCAGUCCAGCGACUAGAAUGUCCAGAAGUGGUUCCAAAUGAGUCCCACUGAUGGCUGUCUCGGGGAUAAUCUCGCACAAGACCAAACGUCCAAGCUACCUCACCACAACACUAAUG